GCUCGCGCGUCACACCACAGACUGACAAAGGCUGCCAAUUCUCUUUCCGCAAUUGCCUUUCUUACCUCGUUCAUCCUGUUUCUCAUCGUCAACAAAUCUUCUUGCUCUUUCAUCCUUCCAAUUAUCAAUCAGCAACACCAAUUCAAUUCCCACAAUGGCCGACGCACCCGAACAGCCUACGAUCGCCGCAGAGGUCCCUGUCGCAGAGGUCCCUGUCGCAGUGGCCCUCGUCGCCGAGGCCCCAGCUGUGGAGGCUGUCGCAAACCCAGAGAUCAAGCAGGAUGCGCUCGCGCCGACACAACAAGACACGCCAGCCACGGUCGGCGAAGAGUCUGAGGAGGACGUCAACUCCAAGAAGGUCACCCUCGCCGACUUGACUGCUAAAGGAACCGCUCUGUACGCAAAGAAGCAGUACGAGGAAGCUACCGACUGCUUUACGAAGGCUGCGGAGCUGCAAGAUGAGAUCAAUGGCGAAAUGCAACCUGCGAAUGCUGAGAUCCUCUUCCUCUACGGUCGCAGUGUGUUCAAGGUUGGCCAGAGCAAGAGCGACGUCCUCGGGGGCAAGGCCGCUGGUGAGAAGAAGGCGGCCAAACCCAAGUCCAAGGCCCCGAAGAAGACCACUGCCGAGCCCACGUCGACCGAUGCGCCAGCCGAAACCGAGGCGCAGAGAAUAACUGAGGAGGGUGUUGCGAUUGUCGCAAGUGAGACGAGCGGAGCGAAGCCCGAGGAGACUGUCGAGGAGAAGAAGCCCUUGUUCCAGUUCACUGGCGACGAAAACUUCGAGGACGACUCGGAUGAGGAGGAGGCCGAGGGUGAUGAAGAAGAAGAGGAGGAAGACGACGAUCUCGCUGUUGCGUUCGGCGUGCUCGACAUGGCUCGCAUUCUCUACAGCAGACAGCUGGAAGAGUUGGAGAAGGUGGAGCCUAAUGGCAAAGCACAAGAGCAAGUCGAUGGCGAGAAGCUCAGCAUCAAGCAUGUCAAGGAGCGCCUUGCGGAUACCCAUGAUCUUCUUGCCGAGAUUUCCCUAGAGAAUGAGAGAUACCCCGACGCCAUUGAGGACUCGCGCAAGUCUUUGAAGUACAAGAAGGAGCUGUACAGCGAGGAUUCGGAAGUUAUUGCUGAGGCGCACUUCAAGCUUUCGUUGGCGCUUGAGUUCUCCUCCGUCACAACCACUCAGGAGGAGGGUGAGCAAGGAGAGAGCAAGCCUUUCGACGAGAAGCUUCGCGAGGAGGCUGCAAAUGAGCUGGAAGCAGCCAUCAACAGCACCAAGCUCAAGCUCCAGAACAAGGAAGUUGAACUCGCGACCAUGGCAUCUCCGGAAGACAACGAGGUUACCCGGGCCACGAUUACCGACGUCAAGGACAUGAUCGCGGAUAUGGAGCAGCGCCUCGUGGAACUUCGUAAGCCACCAAUUGACGUCAACGCUGCUCUCGGUGGUGAAGGCUUGGGCGGAAUCCUUGGAGCGGCGAUUGGUGAAUCUGCAGCUCAAACACAAGCUCGCGUCGAGGAAGCUAAGAAGACGGCUACCGAUCUUACUGGCCUUGUACGCAAGAAGGCCAAGGAGGAGCCCAAGCCCGAAGAAACCCAGGCAAACGGUGCAGAAUCCAAUGGCACGAAGCGCAAGGCCGAAGAGCCUGCGGAGGAAGAUGACUCAUCGAAAAAGACCAAGGUCGAGGAGGCCACUCAGGCCUGAAUACCUAGCGAACAUGUAACAUUGGACAUUGGCGAAAAUGAUCUCGAGGGCGGGGAAUAAAAGGGUCUGGGGUUUCGUUUCUUUGAGGUAUUCACGGCAGAACUGUACAAUAGCUAGCGCUCUGGAAGGCAAAGGAG